AUGGCACUAGCCAAGGAAAGAUCAAUCCCUCAUGAAAUUCCCAGCUAUAAUUCAGCUGAGGAUCAAAGGAGCACUAAUAUCAACGGUGUUCCGUUAGCGAGUAUUAAUCGUCUGCUGGAUGCUCAUGAAUCAGUCAUAAACUUCAGCAGUCUGAUCUUGAGUAGUAGUAGUAGCAGUGAUCAGUCUUUCCUUAGCUUUGAGCAAAAAGAUCAUACUCAGGAAUACAAAUAUCACAGCUAUGAUGAUCACAAUCGCAGCAGGUUCAGCGCUGGUUUCAAUUGCUUUCAAACAGCUUCUGAUUAUGCCUCUUCCAAGCAGGGAAAUCAUGAUCCGCAAUAUUCAGGAGAUCAUCAUGCAGGAUCAUACGCCUGGCUGUACUCCGAAUCAACUGUCACCACCGAUAGCUUUGACGAAUCUGGAACGCAAGAUCAAUCUGCAGGCCUGAUCAAUAAGCGUCCUCAUAUGGGAGAGAGGACUGCAGAAGCUGUUAAGAAGCAAUGCAGCAGUAAUAAUAAGAAGCCUAAAGUACACAAGUCAAGUCCCUCCAAGGACCCCCAAAGUAUUGCGGCUAAGAACCGGCGAGAGAGGAUAAGCGAGCGGCUUAAGAUACUUCAAGAAUUGAUACCCAAUGGCUCCAAGGUCGAUUUGGUAACCAUGUUAGAAAAAGCCAUUGGUUAUGUCAAAUUUCUUCAAUUGCAAGUUAAGGUGCUGGCAACAGAUGAAUUUUGGCCAGUUCAAGGUGGGAAAGCUCCUGAUAUUUCUCAAGUGAGGGAAGCCAUUGACGCCAUGCUCUCAUCUCAGAGAGACACAAGUUCCAGCUCCCACUAG